CAACGCGAAGCUGGCAAACGUAAUACGAUAAUAAUUGUAGCUGAAGGUGCCAUUGACGAUAAUUUAAAACCUAUCAAAUCUGAAGAUAUAAGAAAACUCUUGAUUGAGGUGAAAAUUGACACGAGAGUCACGACGUUAGGACAUAUUCAACGUGGUGGUGGACCAUGUGUUUAUGAUCGGAAUCUUGUUACUCUGCAGGGUUUUGAAGCUGUAAAAGCUGUUCUUCAAGCAACUCCAUAUACUCCAUCUCCGAUGAUUUCUGUAAGAGAGAAUAAACUCAUGUGUGAACCGUUAAUGGAGGCUGUUGAAUUGACCCAUCAGGUCUCUGAAGCUAUUGCGGAAAAAAAUUUCCGUAGAGCAAUGAAAUUGCGAGACCCUGAAUUUGCCCAAGGUUUCGAUGCAUAUUUGUCUACGUCCUUUAUGGAGAAUAAAGUAUCAUUGCAAGGAAAUCAUGGACGUGCUGCUGUUCGAGUUGCUAUUAAUCAUGGUCAUAAGCCUAUUGCUAUAUAUAAUGGCUUUACCG